AAAAACGCAUCCCAUCGAAAAUUAUAAGAAAAAACAAGAAAAAUAACAGCAAAGAUUUUAAUAGCUAGCAGUCUUCCGCGAGCAAUUCCACUUACACAAGGGCAGGAAAAAGAGAAGAAAGGCGAGUUCAAAUGAGCGGCCGGCUCCCCCCUCGCCGGCAGGACAAGUGAGGAUCGCUGAGGGGAAGCAGCUGAUCCUCGCGACAACAACCAUGAUCAUGAUGGCGGGUUGACACGGAUCCUACGCUCGCUCCAUCUCAUUCCCCUACAGUCUCUUAUGCCUCACCAUCUGUCUGCUUCACCACCUGUCCAACUACCUCUUCUCCUACCGGACUAUGCUUCCUCCUCAUCCCCAGCAUCUUGAGUGUAGACCUGCUCCUUUCACACAAUCUGGCUGCCAGACUACUAUCUUAAGAAGAUAUACUACAUCAUCUGACAACCUGUCUUGGCUUCUCUUGUGCUUUGUUUGAUAACAUGUUCAACUCUGAAAAAAAAAAAAUAUUUUCUAUAUGUUUAUAUGACUAGUAUUGAUGUACAGCUGUACUUCUGUAAACUUGGUUCUUUAUUUUGUUUUGUUUUCAACAAAAGGGUUUUCCCUUCUUAAUUGAUUUUGAUAUUCACAUAUUAACUUGCUUUAUAUUGAGCUUGCCCAGCCAUUUGUGGUUACUCAUUAAUGGUACAUAAGCUAAUAUGAUGAUAUGACCUUUUCUACUCUUCUCUGUCUUGGCUAGGAAACUGCAGCCUUAUUUUCCCUCAUUAUUCCCUCACAAGAUAGUGAUAUUGUAAAUAUGCAUAUAGGUGUAUGAUAUGCAUGCAUGGUUCAGAUAACUAAAGAAUCACUCAGACCCUCAUUGUUACAUAAUUUUUAAAGUGAAAAAUUUCAAUAUCACCAAGAUGAUUGCUCAAGUAGUGUCUUGUCUUUGUACAUCUCCUAUCAUCUUGCUAGUGGUGGUGCUGUCACUUGCUGUUUUCUGUAUGAGACGAAUCUACAGUUUCUGGGAAAUGCGUGGGGUCACUGGGCCAAAGCCAGUUUGGAUAAUUGGAAAUAUGUAUGCAAGGCUACGACCUACACACUCAAUGGCAGAGUUUGAUCAGAUGUUGUAUGAGAGGUAUGGAGGCAAGAGAUAUUGCGGGUACUAUGAAUUCACUCAACCUUGUCUCAUGGUUGGUGACCCAGAACUAUUGAAGCAUGUGAUGGUGAAGGAUUUUGAUCACUUUACUGAUCGAAGUUUUGUCACAUUCAACGAACCUGUAAUGGAUCAUAUGCUUCUGGGUCUAAAAGGCAAAGUGUGGAAGGCUGUGCGCUCAGUCAUGACCCCAACCUUCAGCUCUGGCAAAAUCAAGCAGACGCUUCAGUUGGUUAAGGAUUGUGCGAAGAACCUUGUGGUUUACUUUGACAAGGAGCUUGAAAAGGGAUCAUCGACAUUUGAGAUGAAGGAUGUGUAUGGCAUGUUCACAAUGGACACAAUUGCUAGUAUUGCAUUUGGUGUUAACAGUGACUCUCUCAACAAUACUCAGGAUGAGUUCUCAGCUGCUGCAGCACGGUUCUUCUCUCCUCCUCCAAGGUGGAAGCGACCCAUAAUGUUCUUCCAGUUCCUCUGGCCUCAGAUUGCUAAGGCAUUGCGACUAAAUGUUAUUGACAGAACGCCAAUCCAUUUCUUUACUAAGGUUGUGUCAGAUACAAUUCGUUACCGCUUGGAGAACAAUCUGCGGAGGAGUGACUUCCUUCAACUCCUUCUGGAUGCUCGUCUUCAAGAACAAACCAAUAAUAAUAAAGGAAAUGGUAGCACAGACAUAAAUUCCAAGAAGGCCAGUAAUGAAGUUCUCAAUGAGCUGGUGAUUACUGCACAGUGUGUUUUGUUCUACAUUGCUGGGUAUGACACUACAGCAACCACCCUAAGCUUUCUGUCAUAUUGUCUGGCUCUUCAUCCCAGCAUUCAGCAGAAAUGUAUGGAGGAAAUAGAAGAGGUACUUAGGAGGCACAAGGGUGAAAUUACAUAUGAGGCUCUUCAGGAAAUGACCUAUUUGGAUAUGGUCUUUGCAGAGACACUUCGUCUAUACCCACCAGCACCCAGAGUUGAUCGCACGGUGACAAAGGACUUCACUCUCCCUGAUACUGACCUGAAACUGCAGAAGGGUCAGAAGAUUACCAUUCCCAUAUACAGCAUCCAUCGUGACCCAGAUCACUAUCCAGAUCCUUUGAAGUUUGAUCCAGAACGGUUUUCCUCAGAAAACAAGGCUAUGCGUUCACAGAUGGUAUAUCUGCCUUUUGGUAGUGGUCCUCGCAACUGUAUAGGUAUGAGAUUUGCUCUCAUGGAGGCAAAGGUGGCUGCUGUUUAUCUCUUGCAAGAGUUUGCAUUUAUUCCAAGUAAGAAGACACAAGUCCCAAUAGUUAUUGAACAACGAAGUGGCCUCCUGAAAGCUCAGGAUGGCAUUUGGGUUAGACUAGCCAAGAGGACAUCUGACUAGAAGUUUCAGAUAAUAUCAGUGCACUGGUUAGAAGUUUAAAGUUCUUUAAUUUGUGUUGGCAUAAGAGGGUUCAGUGUUUUAUAUUAACAAGUUUUUUUUAUGUAGAGAGAUACUCUAUAACUUAAAACUGCUGUAAAAUAUAACAAAUUUAAUAGUAAGAACAUGGAGAUACAUUCAAUUCUUAUCCAUACUCAGAUGAAGAUGCAAGUUAACCUAGUUUUAAUUGCCAUUAUGUAGGUGAAUUACAGUAUAGUUAGUCUCUUAUAAAUCAUUUAUCCUCAACACUUGGCUGGAUGCUCCUUCUCAAGUGCUUUAAACUGUAGUCUCACCUGCUUGAUGUCUUGUGCUGUAUAAGACAUUAAUGAAGCCCACAUUAUGGGUAAUUCAAUAAAGUAUAUCAAUAUUUACUGAAAUGGUGUCUUGGAGCCUGCACUUGAUGCAUAGCUCUUUGGGUAGUCAUAUGUUAGUGGAUAGCUAGGGAAACAGAUCCUGGUAGCCUUUGCCUUAGCAGCACAUUCUACAUCAUUGACCAAGAUAAUUAAGUUAGUGUUUCAUGUAUAAAAUGAAAGCAAUAGCAUUC